GGUUCCAGAGGCCAGGGGCAAUGGGGCGGAGCAUGGCUCUGAUUUAGGGUGGCAACGUGUUGGGGGCCCUGGCACAUAUGGGGCAGGCAGGCAGGAGGUGGUUCUAUUGGUAUCUUCUUCCUGCUGCAGCCGGCCCAGGGUGCAGGCCAUGGAGCCUGCUGGAGGGUGAGGGCAGCCAGGUGGGCAGGAAUGUUCGGAGGCCUAGGGCCUGGGGACUUGGGGGCCCAGGGCAUGGCGGGACCCCUGCGGGGCCGGGUGGAGGAGCUGAAGCGGCCGUGGUGGCGGGAGGCCUCACCGCUGGUGCUCCAGCACAGUGAGGCUGCCCGGCUGGCAGCCGACGCCCUCCUGGAGCGGGGCGAGGCCGCCUACCUGCGGGUCAUCUCCGAGGAGCGGGAGCUGCCCUUCCUGAGUGCUCUGGACGUGGACUACAUGACCAGCCAUGUGCAUGGGGGCCCUGAGCUCAGUGAGGCCCAGGGACUGGAGGCCUCAGGGCCUGACCGCCUCAGCUUGCUCUCUGAAAUCACCUCAGGCACUUACUUCCCCAUGGCCUCUGACAUAGACCCCCCGGACCUGGACUUGGGCUGGCCUGAGGUUCCGCAGGCCACAGGCUUCAGCCCCACCCAGGCUGUGGUCCACUUCCAGCGGGACAAGGCCAAGAACAUCAAGGACCUUCUGCGUUUUCUCAUCAGCCAGGCCCGCACGGUGGUAGCUGUCGUGAUGGAUAUAUUCACGGACAUGGAGCUUCUGUGUGACCUCAUGGAGGCCUCGAGCCGGCGUGGUGUCCCUGUCUACCUGCUUUUGGCUCAGGAGCACCUAAGGCACUUCCUGGAGAUGUGCUACAAGAUGGACCUCAACGGGGGGCACCUGCCGAACAUGCGUGUGCGGAGCACAUGUGGGGACACAUACUGCAGCAAGGCCGGCCGCCGCUUCACGGGGCAGGCCCUGGAGAAGUUUGUUAUCAUCGACUGUGAGCAGGUGGUGGCAGGCAGCUACAGCUUCACCUGGCUUUGCAGCCAGGCCCACACUAGCAUGGUGCUGCAGCUGAGGGGCCGCAUCGUGGAAGACUUUGACCGGGAGUUCCGCUGUCUGUAUGCCGAGUCUCGGCCUGUGGAGGGCUUCUGCGGUGGUGAGGGUCCCGUAUCUCCCAGGGCACUGUGUCCUCCCACAGUGGCCCUGGGCUUCCGGCCCAGUGUGUUGAGCCCUGCAUCCUCCUCACCCUCCAGCACCAGCCUUAGCAGCAUCAAACGCUCACCUCUAAUGGACCACUCCUCUUACCUCAGUCCACCAGGAGGCGGUGGCUGCAGUGACACGGGUAUGGGGUCCUCAUCCCUGGGCCCUGCCUGCCGCGGGGCCAGUGGCCAGCCCUCUCUGAAGCGCCAGCUGUCUGACCCUAACCAUGGCUCCCUGCCAGGGCCCUACAGGUCCAAUCUAGGCAAGUUGGGGGUGUCCCCAUGGUCCCAGUCCUCCCCUGCCCUCAACCACAAUGGUGCCAGCCCCUUGACCCUGGCAGUGGGGUCACCUAUGCUUGCCCGCCAACGCCCCCUCCUCCCCUUCCCCCAGGGUGUUUCAGCCCUAUCCCGGCUCCCAGAGAAUGGGCUCCUGAGAAGCCAGGAGUCUAGUCCCCAACGAAGUCGCUGGGUACCUAGCACAGCCCUGGAGACAGUGGAGGAGAAGAAGGUGUCUCUGAAUCACAGCCAUGGCCAGUUGGAUCUCCUUGUCCCCUUCCCCAGAGCCAGAGAAGCUGGAGGCCCUGAUUCUGGGGUUGACCCCAGCUUGGGCUCCUUCUGGCCUGGAGAGCAGGCUCCAGAGGACAGGCGGUUGUCCCCAAACCAGAGAUAUAACCAGCUGGAUCUCCUGCCUCAGACCCAGGGUGCUGGGGGUACCCCUGAGUCAGGUUCCCCCAGACCUGGCAAUCAAAUUCCAGAGGACAAGAGGCUGUCCUCAAAUCACAGCCACAGCCAAUUGGACCUCCUGGUACAGUACCCCAAGGCUGGGGGCUCCAGAGUGCCCCCUGAAGCCAACUCCUCAGCCAGGGCUGACAAGCAAAGUCUUGAUGAGCGACGACAGACCCUGGGCCACAGCCAGCUGGACCUCAUCACAAAGUUUGGCCCAUUCCGGGGUGAGGGGCCUGGGCCCAGUGGUCUCCCCAGACCAAGCCCUGCUCGAAAGGCUGGAGUGAGCUCUGGGGAUGAGAAUAGGCUGACCCUGGGCCACAGCAAGCUGGACCUCAUUACCAAGUAUCAUCAAUUGCAGGGCACCAGGCAAGGACCUGACCCUGGCCUCCCUGGAGGCCCCACAGGUGGCCAUCACAGUGGCAGUAGCAAUGGCCUGUCAGGGGAUGAGAAGCGGCUGACCUUGGGCCACAGCAAACUGGACCUCAUCACUAAGUACAACAAGUCCAAGUUCAAACUUCUCCGAAGCCGCUUUGAGUCCUAGUUCUGCUCCCACCAAGGACAUGUCCUUCCUCCAUCUACUUGGAUUCUAGAUUUACUCAGGUUCCAGACCCUGGGGUUCUCCAGCAGGGCUGCAUGGGGAGCAGAGGGUGUCUAGAAGCUCAAGUUAGACACUCACUGAGUUCAGAAUUCUUGUUUACACACACACACACACACACACACACACACACACACACACACACACGAAAACAGAAACCACAGUACCUGCCAUUUGCCACUGUGCUGGGUGCCUUACACAGGUUAAUUCUCAUCCUUCAUCCUCACAACAUUCUACAAGAUAGACCUCUAGCAGGUAUACGUUUCUAGGAUCAUAGGUACUAUCUUCCCUAUUUUAUAAAUGUGGAAGCUGAGGCCCAGAGAGUUUGAUGACUUGCUUGGAAUCAGGUCCAAGUGGAACCAGUGGCAGAGCUGGGGCCCAAACCCGUGUUCCUAAUGCUUAAGACUGUGUUUUUGCACAGACAUGACACACCAUUAUCAACAGUUCACAUGUCCCCAUGCACACAAAACACACACAUCACAGAGAUGCCCCAAAUGCCUGUAUAACACACACAACACCCUGACAGGGUUCAUACCCACAAACUGAAUACCCAUAGACACUCAGUAAGUAAACAAAGGUCCAUGUGAUAAACCCAAACACUCAGAAUUCUAGUUACAGGUACUCAAUAAAUGUAAUAUGGCUAAAUGAGUAGCGAAACAAAAUAUAUGCAUUCAGUGCACACUGUAGACCCCUCAGGAUCCACAGACAACAAAUAUGCACAUAACCACAUACACACACCAUACACACACACAUAGGUAUGCACACAGCAACCAGUAUCUUCUUUGGCCUAAGCUGUGUACCUACCACAGGGCUGACAAGUGAAUCAGACUCAGGCCCUGGGAGAUAAGGAUAAAUACAUAAACCAAUGGCAGGCAAGACAGAGCUGUAUGUAACUCAAGGAAUCAGUGGCAGGGGGUGGUGACAGUGGAGUGGUGAGGAAAGUUUCAAAGGAGGCAGACUUUGAGUCAGCCCUUGAAGGAUGGGGAGGAUUGGACAGAUGGAGGAGAAAAGGAAUUCCUGGUAGAGGGAAGCAGGUGAAGAGAGGCCAAGGACAGGACAGGAUGAGUGGGUCUGAGAUGAACUGGGGAGGAUAGAGAGAGUGUGGAUACUCAGACUCUGACACACACACACACACACACACACACACACACACACACACACACACACAGAAGCAUAGGCUCUGAUAGGUUUUUCGUCUUUUCCUGAGCUCACCACCUGCCUGGGACAGUUUACACAAUACAAAUCAAUAAAGGCAGACAUGCUAUGACCCA